GCAGUGACAGGGCUGGGGGAGUCCGAAGAUGGCGGCGUCGCGUCGCUCUCAGCAUCAUCACCACCAUCAUCAACAACAGCUCCAGCCCGCCCCAGGGGCUUCGGCGCCGCCGCCGCCGCCGCCCCCGCCUCUCAGCCCCGGCCUGGCCCCAGCGACCACCCCAGCCUCCCCCACGGCCGGCGGCCUGGCACCUUUCGCUUCCCCGCGGCACGGCCUAGCGCUGCCGGAGGGGGAUGGCAGUCGGGAUCCGCCCGACAGGCCCCGAUCCCCGGACACAACUGACAGUAGCAGCUGUGGCAAUACCAGCAGCAGCACCAUUUGUCCUGUGGCCGCUGCUGCCGGCGUCCCGGCGGCUUCCGCUUCGUUGGCCGUCGGGGUUGCUCCCCAUCCAGCCGGCGGCGGCAGUGCCAAUUCCCCGUCGUCCUCUUCUUCCCCGACUUCUUCCUCUUCUUCCUCUCCGUCCUCCCCGGGAUCGAGCUUGGCGGAGAGCCCCGAGGCAGCCGGCGUGAGCCACACCGCCACACUGGGAACUGGGACGACUGGGGUCCCGGCAGUGAGUGGGGCCCUGCGGGAACUGCUGGAGGCCUGUCGCAAUGGGGACGUGUCCCGGGUCAAGAGGCUGGUGGACUCGGCCAACGUGAACGCGAAGGACAUGGCCGGCCGCAAGUCUUCGCCCCUGCACUUCGCUGCAGGUUUUGGAAGGAAGGAUGUUGUGGAACACUUACUGCAGAUGGGUGCUAAUGUUCAUGCUCGGGAUGACGGUGGUCUCAUCCCACUCCAUAAUGCCUGUUCUUUUGGCCAUGCUGAGGUGGUGAGUCUGUUACUCUGCCAAGGAGCUGAUCCAAAUGCCAGGGAUAACUGGAACUAUACUCCUCUGCAUGAAGCUGCUAUUAAAGGGAAGAUCGAUGUAUGCAUUGUGCUGCUGCAGCACGGAGCGGAUCCAAACAUUCGGAACACCGAUGGGAAAUCAGCCUUGGACCUGGCAGAUCCUUCAGCCAAAGCUGUCCUGACAGGUGAAUACAAGAAAGACGAACUCCUAGAAGCUGCUAGGAGUGGUAAUGAAGAGAAACUAAUGGCUUUACUGACUCCUCUAAAUGUGAAUUGCCACGCAAGCGAUGGACGAAAGUCUACUCCUUUACAUCUAGCAGCUGGCUACAACAGAGUUCGAAUAGUUCAACUACUUCUUCAGCAUGGUGCUGAUGUUCAUGCGAAAGACAAAGGUGGACUUGUGCCUCUUCAUAAUGCAUGCUCAUAUGGACAUUAUGAAGUCACAGAACUGCUGCUAAAGCAUGGAGCCUGCGUUAACGCUAUGGAUCUUUGGCAGUUUACUCCACUACAUGAGGCAGCUUCCAAGAAUCGUGUGGAAGUCUGUUCUUUGUUACUUAGCCAUGGCGCUGACCCCACAUUAGUCAAUUGCCAUGGCAAGAGUGCUGUGGACAUGGCUCCAACUCCUGAGCUCCGUGAGAGGCUGACUUAUGAAUUUAAAGGUCAUUCUUUACUGCAAGCAGCCAGAGAAGCAGAUCUAGCCAAAGUGAAAAAAACUCUUGCUUUGGAAAUCAUUAAUUUCAAACAACCGCAGUCUCAUGAAACAGCAUUGCAUUGUGCCGUGGCUUCUUUGCAUCCCAAACGAAAGCAAGUGACAGAACUGUUACUUAGAAAAGGAGCAAAUGUGAAUGAGAAAAACAAAGACUUCAUGACCCCACUGCACGUUGCAGCAGAGAGAGCCCACAAUGACGUCAUGGAGGUUCUGCACAAGCACGGUGCCAAGAUGAAUGCACUGGACACCCUUGGUCAGACUGCUUUGCAUAGAGCCGCCCUAGCGGGCCACCUGCAGACCUGCCGCCUCCUGCUGAGCUACGGCUCAGAUCCCUCCAUCAUCUCCCUACAAGGCUUUACAGCAGCACAAAUGGGGAAUGAGGCAGUGCAGCAGAUUCUGAGUGAAAGUACACCUGUACGCACAUCUGAUGUUGACUACAGGCUUCUAGAAGCGUCCAAAGCUGGAGACUUGGAAACUGUGAAGCAACUUUGCAGCCCUCAAAAUGUGAAUUGCCGAGACCUAGAGGGCCGGCACUCCACGCCGUUACACUUUGCGGCAGGCUAUAACCGCGUGUCGGUCGUGGAAUACCUGCUACACCAUGGUGCGGACGUCCAUGCCAAGGACAAAGGUGGCUUGGUGCCUCUUCAUAAUGCCUGUUCUUACGGACACUAUGAGGUAGCUGAGCUCUUAGUAAGGCAUGGGGCUUCUGUGAAUGUGGCGGACCUGUGGAAAUUUACCCCUCUUCAUGAAGCAGCAGCUAAAGGAAAAUAUGAAAUCUGCAAGCUCCUUUUAAAACACGGAGCAGAUCCAACUAAAAAGAACAGAGAUGGAAACACACCCUUAGAUUUGGUAAAAGAAGGAGACACGGAUAUUCAGGACUUGCUAAGAGGGGAUGCUGCCCUACUGGAUGCUGCCAAGAAGGGCUGCCUGGCCAGAGUGCAGAAGCUCUGCACACCAGAGAACAUCAACUGCAGAGACACCCAGGGCAGAAAUUCUACACCCUUGCACCUGGCAGCAGGCUACAAUAACCUGGAAGUAGCUGAAUAUCUUCUAGAACAUGGAGCAGAUGUUAAUGCCCAAGACAAGGGUGGUUUAAUCCCUCUUCAUAAUGCAGCAUCUUAUGGGCAUGUCGACAUAGCAGCGUUACUGAUCAAAUACAACACAUGUGUAAAUGCAACAGACAAGUGGGCAUUUACUCCUCUUCAUGAAGCAGCCCAGAAAGGAAGGACACAGUUAUGUGCCCUACUUCUAGCACAUGGUGCAGAUCCUACUAUGAAGAACCAAGAAGGUCAAACGCCUUUAGAUUUGGCAACAGCAGAUGAUAUCAGAGCUUUGCUGAUAGACGCCAUGCCCCCAGAGGCCUUACCUACCUGCUUUAAACCCCAGGCUACUGUUGUGAGUGCCUCACUGAUCUCGCCCGCGUCCACGCCCUCCUGCCUGUCUGCUGCCAGCAGCAUAGAUAACCUCACGAACCCUCUGGCAGAGUUGGCAGCAGGAGGAGCCUCGAAUGCAGGCGAUGGAGCAGCUGGCACAGAAAGGAAGGAAGGAGAAGUUGCGGGUCUUGACAUGAAUAUCAGCCAGUUCCUAAAAAGUCUUGGCCUUGAACAUCUGCGGGAUAUCUUUGAAACAGAACAGAUUACACUAGAUGUGUUGGCUGAUAUGGGUCAUGAAGAGUUGAAAGAAAUAGGUAUCAACGCAUAUGGACAUCGCCACAAAUUAAUCAAAGGAGUAGAAAGACUUUUAGGUGGACAACAAGGUACCAAUCCCUAUUUGACUUUCCACUGUGUUAACCAGGGAACCAUAUUGCUGGAUCUCGUUCCCGAAGAUAAAGAGUAUCAGUCCGUAGAAGAAGAGAUGCAAAGUACCAUUCGAGAACACAGAGAUGGUGGUAAUGCUGGAGGCAUCUUCAACAGAUACAAUGUCAUCCGAAUUCAAAAGGUUGUCAACAAGAAGUUGCGGGAGCGGUUCUGCCACAGGCAGAAGGAGGUGUCGGAGGAGAACCACAACCAUCACAACGAGCGCAUGUUGUUUCACGGUUCUCCUUUUAUUAAUGCCAUUAUACAUAAAGGAUUUGAUGAGAGACAUGCGUACAUAGGAGGAAUGUUUGGAGCUGGAAUUUACUUUGCUGAAAACUCCUCAAAAAGCAACCAGUAUGUUUAUGGCAUUGGAGGAGGAACAGGCUGCCCCCCACACAAGGACAGGUCAUGUUAUAUAUGUCACAGACAAAUGCUGUUCUGCAGAGUGACCCUUGGAAAAUCCUUUCUGCAAUUCAGCACCAUGAAAAUGGCUCACGCACCUCCAGGACAUCAUUCGGUUAUUGGCAGACCAAGUGUUAAUGGACUGGCAUAUGCUGAAUACGUCAUCUACAGAGGAGAACAGGCAUACCCGGAGUAUCUCAUCACCUACCAGAUCAUGAAGCCUGAGGCGCCUUCCCAGACCGCGACUGCUGCCGAGCAGAAGACCUAGUGAAUGCCCACGGGCAGAGGCAGAUCGGAUGGAGCCUGGAACUGGAGGACAGCGCAUUGCAACAACCACCAAGGAAUAGUCUGUAAAUCCCUGACAGCCUAGAAACAAGCUGUCUUACAAAGCAUUGCUCUAGUGAUGAAUAUAGUAUGAGGAACUGAUACAUACUCAACUGCUACUGUUCCCUUUGAGGAAAUGUUUACAGGGGUGGCCUUUUAACGUAUCUCAGGCUCAUUUUCAUUGCAGUUAUCCAUUUCUAAAACAAGAUUGCUUUGAUCUGGACUGGGAAAUGGAGAACAAAAAACCCAAUACUGUUCCACAGGUUCACACUGACACACUACAUUUGCUUUGUUAGGCACUACACAUGUACAUAGCAGACAUACACGUAAUUGUUUCCAAAUGUGCGUCAUUGGCGCUUUGUGUUUAGUUUUGUUUUGUUACGUUGAAAAUGAGCCAGAACCUUCUGAAGGGUAUUUUGCACAGUUACACUAACUGAAGUCAUUAGCAAGGCUACCCAAGCUUCUGGCUGAGCAAGAUUAGUUUCUACCACUCUUUCUGUUUGUUUGUUGUUUUGUUUUGUUUUUUUUUAACACUUGUUUGAUUUUUGGACCUGUGCUUCUUAUGAACAUAAGUGAAAUGAAAAGGAAAAAAAAUAAUUUUUAUUUCUUUUGCAAAUUGGCCUAUCUUACAAGGAAAAGGCAAAGACAUCAGCCCAACUUAGGAGCCCAAGGUUGAGAGAGGUCAAAACGCCAUAAGCAUUGCCCAGGCCUGCUGCAGGACCGCACAGGGCAGCGCGGCGGAGGCUCAAGGAGGACGGCCAGGCAGACACCAGGGGAGGGUACCGUGACAUCCCGUGCCCAGGACAGCAGGCCACAAGGGAGGCACAGUGGCAGACAGGGGGAGGAGCAUGAGCUUUAUAUGAUUGGGGUCCUCUAGCAGUAAGUUCUUCAGUUAAUCUGUACCCCGCAGAGUUGUUGCCCCAAAAUUAGCUGCCUUAUUUUCCAAAAUCAGAGGAAUUAUUAUACUUCACAAAAGCCACAAAGCUAUCAUACUGUUUUCUUUAGCUUAGAUAGAUGCACACAAUGCAGGAUUUUUUUUUAAGUUUAAUCCAGAUUUGGGGUUCAUUUUGAGUGAUUACAAAUAGUUUAUAUAUAUAUAUAUAAAGGUCCAUGUACUAAAUAUUUGAACUUAAAGCUUUUAAAAGUUCUUAAUAUUUAGGCAAAGAGAUAAAAAAUCGAAACCAAAGCCUUUUCAGUUUUGUUUUUGUUUUAAUGAAGGUGGUGGAGAAUUCCAGUCCCAUCUUCAUGGAAUCACUGAGUGUUGUAACCAAGCACUCGCCAAGCGCCUGCUGACCCUCACACAGUACUAUCAGGUCUCACUUUCCACCUUAACUAAGUAUCAAAUCAAGUACAGUGACUUCAGUUUAUUUGACAUGCCGUGCAUCCACUCGGCUUUAAAGCAAAAGGAAUUCAAACAGGGUGGGGGAAAUCAGAAAAAUGGCAUGACAUAAACUUGCUGCUUCAAUGUAAAGCCUUAAAAAAUAAUUUAGAGAACUUUUAAUGUGGGCUGGUUUAAUCGGAAGUGAAAUAAAAUGGUUAUAUGCAGAAUUUUCAGAAAUAGGCUCUUAAAAUGCACCAUUUUUUUUUCUUUUUUGGCUGGAGUCCAAUGCUAGAACCAGACCUCUGCAUUACGUUUGAGUUCUGUAGCUGAUUCUCACAGAGGCGCUCGCAGAUCAAUCCGGAAGGUGCCUGCAUCAUUGCUUCAGCUGGCGGUCCAGUGGCCCGUUGUGGCUGUUUGGGCAGGAGCGCUAGAAUUCAGGCGGAGCUUCAGACCCCAGACUCAGUAAGGGGACCUUGUUUCCUCCAUUCCUGUUUGGCUGUGUGUAACAAAGGGCUGAGGAAAUUGCCAUCUGUAUCAUUUUCAGGAGCCCCAAGUAGUUCCCCUCUCCCUUAGACAUAGUUUAAAAACAGUCAACAGUAGCUGCGGUUGUUAGUUAAGGAGUUGAAAUGGUAUAGAUAUGACAAGCUUUAUGACUUUAUUAAAAAGAUAAACCAUUACCCAGCUAUGGUUGUAUGUUGUUUCCAGGAUGUUAACCAGGUUAUUGGAUAUGCCAAUUUUAAACUUGCACCUUAGACUUGAAAAAUUAAGUUGUGAUUCAGUAUUUAAGCUGCCAUUGUCACAUGUCUGAUGUUCUUUAUGCCACAUCAAGGGUACUGUGAAAAGACGACCUUUGCCAUGCUUCUUGUCUUGUAAUGACGCAAGUAUAGAACAGUUCUUGACAGAACACAGAAUGUGUUAUCCAUUGCUAAUGGGUAAUGGGUAUACCUUAGGAGCCAGUAGCUUUCAGAAUUUGAAGACCGAAGGUCAUCGUGAGUGUACUCAGAAGUGAUCACAGUUGAUUGCAUCUUGGAUUUCAUCAGUGGUGUUGAGAACCCUGUGGCAUAUAAAAACUUGGCAUCAAAUUAAGCUGAAGUCUAUUUAAUUUCCUGCAUAAACGUGAUAUGGAAUUUGGGGGGAUUCCAUGUUGGUCUUUCUGAAAUGCCCCCCCAUGUUUCUCAAACUGUAUGCAGCGCAGAAUCGGCAUAUUCCCACCAGCUCUACCACAGCCCCAGUGUCACAGGGCUCCUCCGGGCCUGGUGGCCUCAGUUCACUGGUGUUAUCCAUCUGGACGCUUGACACAGACAACAAUCAAGUGCUCUGACAUAGACACUUUGUCCUUACCCUUGGCCUUCUUCCCUGUCCCCCAGAUUGCUAGUCUGAAAUAAAAUGCUCUCCAGCAAUGACGCAUGGCCCCAUUCAUUGUCCUCCUCUUUUCUAGGAUUACAGAGAAGGUGCCACCCCAUUGUCAUAGCACAAUCAAAAAUGGGUCUUAGGCCUCAUGCAGUGUCUGCUCCAAAGAUUCUUCCUCUUUGUGAACAAAUAACAGCAUGGAACCUAGAGUUUUAAUUCUAUGCAAAAUAAUAGCACUGCACCAGAAUUCCUAGUUACCUUUUUCUUCUUGCAGUUUGGAAUUUCUAGCUUUCCAAUCAAUGUAAAUAGAAUAACAAUAUUUGGACAUUUCAUGAAACAGCAUCCUUGUACUUCUUUGAGCUUGAUGUUAGGGGUUAUUUUAAUUCCCCCUCUGCUCUCACAAUAGCAGAGUACAUUGAGAUAUAUCUGAAUGUGGCACACAAAUAAAGUAAUAUAGAUUAGCAUUUUGUUACUAUAGCCACAUGCCAAGAAAAAAAGUGAGAUGUUGAUUUCAGUGGGAAAAUGGCUUUAGAAUGCAGCAAGUUCAGGUUUUCUGUAUUUCAGUGUCUGCCCCAUUACAGAUGGAUUACUGGGCAUAUUUCCUCUCCCUCUGUAACCCUGUAUGUUCUCUGGAUUCCUGCAAAUGACCUUGCAAACAGAAAUGGUGUGUGUUUAAGAACCUUUCCCCAGGGUGUCCAGAUACGGUUCGGGUAAUAUCUAUUAGAUGGCCAUCUAACUGUGUGUAUCUGCUCUGCUAAUUAUCUUGCAUAGGGCCAGGGACUGGUCAGCAAGCAAAGGCUCAAACCUGCCAUUAUAUGUUGGAAAUGUAAUUAAAGAAUCCAGUUCAAUUUGUAUGAUGUCAAAUGAGUGACAGUGACAGAGAAAUGACAAUAACUAUGAAAGUGGCAUACGAUGUGAUGGGACCCAGCUGGUGUAUGAAAAGCAAAUGCCUCCCAAAAUUACCACUCUAAAAAGGAAGGCUUGUUCAGGCAGCUCACACUUCUGCAAUUAACAGACAAAUAUUUCUUAGGAAAGCCUUAACUGUGGCAGAAACUUUUUAAGCUUUUGUAUUCUAAUAAAUAAGACAUUGUGAAUCCAUUUCUUGGUGUUUGCCAGGUGUCCGUGGGUCAGGCAUGUCUCGAUGUAUUCCGUUUUUGCUAACUUACUUGAUGAGGGUCUAGUUCAUAAAUAAUACUACCUAUAGCAGAAUUGAUAGGAUCAGUCCAGUUUCUCCAUAUCUGAAAUGCCUCAGCUACCAGUUCUGGUUCGGGGAGAUUCUAGGGAGAUUUCAGAGCCCGUGAAGUUGUGUAUGUGAGGGUACAGUGACAACUGUGAUGCCUUGUAGAGUCUGAGUGAUGUGCAAGCCGUAUUUUAAUCAUUUUAAGCUAUAACCUAUGAAGAUAUAUUAAAGUGAAAACCUGUAGGAAGCGAAAGAUUUUAUGUACUCUUUAAGACCAAAUAUGGUUAUGGUGUUGACCAGUUUUAUACAUUUGCCAGAGAGUUCUUUCUCCUAUGAAAUAAUAUUCGCACUGUAGAGAUGUUUGUGUUUUGACAAGCAUCAAAAUUCUUUCACAUCCUCUUCUGCUUUUCACUUCCUAGCUCCGCACCUGCCCCAUCACCUACCUUUGCCAGUAGAGUUUCCUUGUGCUCCAGGGUUCAGAUGGUUUUGUUAUUUUUUUUAUCUGUCUCCUCAUUUCUGCAGGCAGCUCUGGAAGCCCUUUGUUGAGUCGGGUGGUCCCCCGGUGAUGGGUUUGUUACUUCACACACCUUCAUGUCCCUCCUGAAGUUCAGGAUGAAAAGCUAAAAAGCACGACAGCCUAAGUUAGCCAGGAACUGAAAUCUGUACAGGCUAACAGCCUGGACCCAGAAGAUGACCUUGUCUAUAUAACCGUUGUAUCCACUGCACAAAACAUUUAAUUCUUCGUGCACAUAUAAUACCUGUUCCUGCUCCUGUUUUAAUUUCAUGUUUGUGGUAGUAAUACUUGCCUUUGAUAGCUACAAAACAAAAACAUAAAAAAAGGUACUUUUACCAACAAGGUUUCUCAAAACAUUUAUAAAACCGGCUUGGAGGAAAUAUAUGUUUUCUGACAAUAGCAUUUGGAGUAGUUACUGUAUUUUCUCAUUGUGCUGUUGGUCUGUGUAGGAAUCAGCGUAGUAACUCCUGAGUUCACCGUUGCUGUUCUUUUGAUCUCUUUAGUCUGUGUGACCCAUCAGUGCUGGGGAGUUCCAACACACCCACACCCCUUUCUCUCGCUCUCUUCUCUCGUAUUUGUCUAUUUGUAGGAUUGUCAGAUAAAGUAAAUGAUGCGCAAUUAAAUUUAAAUUUCCGAUAAGCAAUUUUUUUAGCUUAUAUGUGUCUCAUGCAAUAUUUGGCAUAUACUUACAGUUUAAAAGGUAUUUGUUAUUUAUCAGAAAUUCAAAUUUGACUGGGUGUCCUUGUUUUUUUGCUGUGUUUUGCUUUGUUUUUGUGAAUCUGGCAACCUUACCAUUUUGGUCACGAGAAUUUCUUCCAGCAUGUGAACUCUUGUAGGCGUCGUUAUCUUCCACCAGGAACGGCAGACCUUUCUUCCCUUACCCUCUGCUUACCUCCACAAGAGGGCGCCAAGGAACUUAACCUGCCUCUGGGGGGGUUUCUAUUUAAAACAUCUUUGUGAUUAUAUUUAACCUGUAAUUGUGCUUUGGCUUAACGUCUAACUUACAGUACUUGUAACUGAUUAAUAUUCAAUAAAAACAUUUUUAAAGUA